AGUCGAUACUCGAAUAAAAUCUCAGAGCCCGUGCUGACGUACCGAUCACUUCGACACCGCCCAUCGGUGGCAUCAUUGGUGUCGUUACCUGCCAAUUUCUUCAAAUAGUGUGUACGCGUAACGGAGAAAAUAUUCUGGUGAAAAUUGCAACGAAAUCGUUGCAAUCUUGAAUCAUGCAGCAUUAUGACCGGAAUUGCUAUGUAUUUGUUGAAAAACAUUUUACUUUCUACUACAAAAUUAUUGUAAUUGAAUAUUUCCUAUAUCGUGCGGGGAAAGAAAAAUGUUUGCUUAGGUCAACUAAAUUUCUGGUAAAAUACGAACGAGACAUUCCGAAAACGAAAUCGUUGCAAUCUUGAAUCAUGCAGCAUUAUGACCGGAAUUGCUAUGUAUUUGUUGAAAAACAUUUUACUUUCUACUACAAAAUUAUUGUAAUUGAAUAUUUCCUAUAUCGUGCGGGGAAAGAAAAAUGUUUGCUUAGGUCAACUAAAUUUCUGGUAAAAUACGAACGCAGACAUUCCGUUCCCGUUGCCGUUACCGGGAUUCUGCUCAAGUUAACCGGAAAUCUUGUUAACCCGAACAAAAUUUCGACAACUUCAGAAAAUAUCGUAAAAAGAAGUAUAACUUUAACGCAAUGUUUACUAUAAUACUCUCUCCGAGUAUGGAACGCAGAUCCAAUGAGUCCAAUUCGACCGAUUAGUCAUGUGUGUGGUGCCGAGUAAAAGUCUGCGUGUAAAUAUCAUCUUGGGCCACCGUGUAAAUCGCCGACGCGAAGCUCAUCAAGUAUCACGGAGACUGACCCACUGCUUCUCCCGGCAGAGACGUUGAAUGUAUAGCGUUUCGAGGAACAAGACGACGCGCACGACGGCGAGAGAGCACUCUAGGAAGGUCGCGAGUACAAUUCGCGUCAACAACGAGCGAGCUCCUUCCUGUCGAAUCGAGUGAUACGCUCACGACACAAUUACUAUCCGUAGACGCGUACACACUGAGCGCGACAACGUCGAGGAAAUCAUUGAGAUCUCUCUCCUUCUCUCUCUCGUGUGCAGAGUAGAGGAAAGAUCGAGUUGGCGCGCGCAGCAAGACGCAGCGAACCUGGUAUAAACGUGGCGCGUAAAAUGAAUCAACAGUGCAAGGUGUGCGGUGAGCCAGCGGCCGGUUUCCACUUUGGCGCGUUUACCUGUGAGGGUUGUAAGUCCUUUUUUGGGAGAUCCUACAACAACCUGAACAGCAUCGCCGAGUGCAAGAACGGUGGCGAGUGUGUCAUCAACAAGAAGAACCGCACCACGUGCAAGGCCUGUCGUCUGCGAAAAUGUCUCUUCGUCGGGAUGUCCAAGUCGGGCUCGCGAUACGGCCGCAGGUCCAAUUGGUUCAAGAUACACUGCCUGCUGCAGGAGCAACAACAGCAGCACCAGCAACAGCUGCAGCAGCACCAGCAGCAGCAACAGCAGCAGCAUCACUACCAAGCGGGUAUCUCUGGUCAGCAGUUGCAACUGCCGCAACAACAGCAGCAACAACGCAAGCCGACGAGUCCGCCGAUCGCAGUCCACGGCGGCCAGCGCAAAGAUGAGGUUCAUCUACUCAGCAUGGACGACUACAAGAACUCGAGCUCGCCCAGCAUUAGCUCGCCUGAGUCCCUCAACAGCGACAACUCGGUCGACGUGUCCGAGAGGCGAGCUGCCUACGCCGGCCACCCGGGCUUCCGGCCGCUGCAUCCGCAUAUGCAGCACUCGAUGGCCGACCUGUCCGUCCUGAGCAAAGAGAUGAUGAACUUGCCGCUGAGCUUCCAUCUCGGUGGCAUGUCUCUGUUGCCGCCCACUUUCUUACCGCCACCUGGUCUCACCAUGUUCCCGCCUUAUCAUCUUUACGCGACGUCACCCGCCGCACCCCAUCCCCUGGUGGCGCAUCAGGCGUCCAACAUACUGCGGCAUUCACCGGCGAUCAACGAUGAGCACAGCGAGCACCGUGGCUCAGCGAGCUCCGCGGUGGCGUCCGCGACGAUGACGUCCGCGGCGACGACGACGACGACGACGAUGACGGCGGCGGCUGUAACGGGCGUCGCGACGGCCGCUGUCGACGACAAGGAGGAUUGCGAGAGCAACGUGAACAACAACAACGACCAGUCGGCGCACAAUCACAACGUGCGCGCGGUCAGGGACAACGCGUCGCCCGCCACGGACCACGAGGAGCACUACACGAAGCGAUUCUAUCUGGACAGGGUGCUCGAAAGUCAGCGAGCGUCCUCUGAGAGAUCGCCCACGCCGGUGAACCCGCGGUCCUGCGACACCGUCUCUCCCGGUUGCAACUCCGAGCAGGAGGCCGAUUAUUCGCUGCAGCAGGAGCAGCCGAUGGACUUGUCCAUGAAGGGCACCUCCACCACCACCACCUGCGCGAGUGACCACUCUGAGGAUCAGGAGAGCGCAAGCGACGAGGAUGACUCCCCUGAGAAGAGACGGAGACUCCCGAUAGACUUGACGACCAAAUCCUAAGAGUUGCGCGCGGCUGGCGCGAGAACGCGGAGUUCGAUGCAUGUUUUUUGUUGUUGCACUGUAUCUUGUUUUACCGUAUCAAGUUUGUGAUAUUCACGGGCGCGUAUCUGUAGUCGCGUCGCUGCAACUCGGAUCUCACGCGAGAUAUAUCCGAGAGAGAUAACCGGACUCAGAGUGUACUCGUGGUCGCGUCCCACCGAAGAACUCGAGUCAAAAGCCAGAUCUGAGAUAUAGUCGUUACUUGUUACUCACAUGAGACAAUCAGAUCUGAACUUUUCAAUAGAAACAUAAGACAUCACACUUGCAAAAAUUCAUAUCCGCCUCUGAAUUCAAAUCUGAGUAUCUCACCUGAGGUAUACGUUUACCUGAGGUAAUGACUAUUGAUACAGGCCUGAGUGUCUCACGCGUGAGACGAAUUUCGCGCAGCGACUACAGACACGGGCCUUAGACGCGAAUUAGAGAGUAGACAUGUUUCUUGUAUAUCGUAUAAAUAUUUAGAUAAUAGAGCCUUCUCUGACGAGUCGCGAGGCGUAGACACGCGCGAGUGUGCGAGUGUGCUCGCGUUUCGGCGCGACUUUCGGGGGAACUGUCGCGGGACGCUGUUUACAACUGGAAUCGCGCGGAUAUCCAAGCCGAUCUUUCCGCGGAUGCGGCAGGUGUCCUCGAGUCUUCAGUGAAUCUCCCGCGCGACCAUCGUUCGUUGUGGCCACGCAACGACGUGAACACGACGACAUCGGUCCUCUCCGAUCGUGACCUACGCGUCUUGGAGCGUACAUUAGAAGCUUUCCGCAGUGUCCAACAUCGCCGGAGCCGGAGGACUUCUCACGCUCCUGCUGUCCUAUCUCCCGCAAUCGCCUCGCGCAAGCGCCCGGAUGACUUUGGUAACACAUGCGCGAGAAUAAAUAGGUAUCUAAAGCCUUUAGAUAUGUAUCUAUCCUUGAACGCAUCCUUUGAGCAAUGCGGUAAUAACAUUGCUUGGGUUAGCCGGCGCGCAUUAUACAGGAUCCAAGGUUGAAACGCGCUCCGAUUGGAUUCGACUGUCCCCCCUUGCUCGUGAGAUUCCCGACUCUCGUUCCGAAGACAAUCCGGAUUGUUCGUAAUAACGCGAUCGACUGACGAGAUGCGGAAUCGCUCGGACACCUCCACCCGCGAAUAGUUCCGUAACAGUUCCUCCCUUCGCUCCCCGCCUCCCUUCGAGUCGAAUAUGGACGUUGACUGUUUGCUGAUCAUUUCCGGUCAUACCUUGUUACCUUUAUCGUGUUUUAACCUGACGUUAAUUUAAACAAUACCGUACGAUCUUAGGAGAGUUUUUGUAAUACUUAACAGUUGACCGAGAUAACUUCACGACAUAACACGGAAAUGAUCGGGGAACUCUCGACAAAUUUCCGAAAGAGGAUAGUUGUCAGUCACGGCGAAUUAUCCGAUCGAAUACGCGAGGACGUUCGAAGUAAUUCAAAGACGAUUGAAUUGGUUGGACGUAUCGAUCAAUCUCGACUCGAAUUCGAUUUGCAUAAUCGGGCUCCUGAUUCGACUCGAUCGACCCGCCCGCGUCAGUAGCAUUGUUAGAAAUUAUUUUAUUUAAACGCACACCGACGAGACGACAAUUAUCUAUACAUCCCGACAUGCACGUCAAAUUCACGACAGAGAGACUCAUCCGAGUCGAUCGGAUACGACUACGACGCGAAAAUUAAAAAUGUUGCUCGCGUGUGAAUAAGAUGUAGCAAUAUCUUGACAUCAGUUGCAAUGUCCGCGUGCUUCGACGCAACGAAAAGCACGAAAGUAAUCAGCGAGUAUAAAGCGUGACUGGAUCUCACAAUGCGAGUAUGCGUGUUUGUGCAUGUUAUCGCGAGGGAGAAGAAUGUGUGUCAUGCGAUUGCUCGCGACACGAACACGAUGCUUUCAGAUCUUGAGAAAAAUCAUAGAUAUCGACGGCGCCCGUGUAAAAUCGUUACCAAACUUUCCAGAAAAAUCGUUAUAUAAUCUUCAUUAUUGAUAUAAUCUUCAUUUUUCUCAUGGAUACUUUUCUAAGAGAAACAAAAAAACUAAUAUAUUACCUUAUUAAUAUGUAUAUAUCGAUAUUAUCCUUUCAUUAAUAUGUUAAUAUAUCGAAUAAAUGUAAAAUUAUGUUAGAAAUGUAAAAUUAUAUUAGAGAUCACGUAACGUGACGCGGAGUCACGUGUCUUUUGGACAGGCUCACUAAGAGAACGGCAUUGCAAAAUGAUGAAUCGUCGAGUAAUGAUGAAGCUGAAAAUGCCCGGAGACGCCUGUAGUCACCACACUGAGACGAAAUAUCAGAAAAUUCACUUGGCGUAUAAAGUUUACUUGUGCGUCUCUUGAGACAGAUCUUAUGCCCCAAAAGUGUAUUUUCAAGUAUCUUCUUCUCAGUGCGCCUACUCUUCAACGGGCGCCGUCGAUACAGUUCCGCGUAUACCGCUUUGUGCUUCGCCGACAAGAAUUCCUGAAAUUCCCAAACAACGAAAAUCCCUUUUGCACAGAAAGUUCCAGCCACCGCGGGUGGCUUGGGGCAGAUUAAGAAAUUGUUUAGAAGAUUAAGAAGAGAGAGCGACAGCGCUCUCGCACAAUCCCCGUGAGAAGAGAGCGACUUCCUCUACCUGACAAAGAGCUCCGUGUUCUCAGUCGCGAAUUAAUCGGCUGGUGCUAAUAAGACCGAGCCGGGCGGCAAUCUGCGCCGGGACACACGUGGCCGCGCCGCGUGAACGGCGGAGUUUCGCGCGCGGCAGCCCUUAAUCAGCUCCUCGCGCUUACGACCAGCGCGUCGAACCCCCGUGACCUCUUCCUGCGCGCGGACGUUUGCUCCCUUCGGAUGAUCCGCACACACAUACGCACGCUCGCUCGCUCGCACCUUUGGCCGCGAACGUUUAAGUGCGAGCACGCGCGCGGAUCGCGCGGGGAGGAGAAGGAAAACCCGCGACGGCCGACGUCUCAAUUCCGAGGCGAGCGAGCGAGCCGUCGAUCGAUGCUCGCUUGCGCAACGGCCAAUCGACUUUAACGAGAUUCCGCCGUUUUAAUUAACGAGCGCUCGCUCGCGGUAAUCACGCGAGGCGAAGCGCGCGCGUGAGACGAAGACGAACGACGAAGGACGCGAGCGUCGCCCGCCGACCAUAAACACGUCGCAACGUCGAGCGUGCGUGCGUGCGUAUAUACUAUACACGUGUUCGCACGCACGCCACGCACCGGCGCCGUGUACACGUGUACGUGUACACGACGUUGGUAGCCGCGCUUUAUCUUGGCCAGGGCGCGACGGCUGCCGUUUCCGCCGGCUUUCCCCGCGUGUCUUUCCGCGAUGCAUCCUUGUCGGUGGAAAGGCAACGUUCACGAGAGAGAAGACGUCUCGGAAAAGCGUUCGCUGCGUUCAGACGGUAGAAUGGACGAUAAAAUGUCCGAGGGACUUGUGUGAUUUCGCGAAACAACGAUGAAUUCCUGAUCUUUUAUUUGUGAGAAAUUGCUUCUGCAAUCGUUAAAUUCGUGUUACGUUGUCUUCCAAAUUGACCUCGGCUUCUGCGAGAGACGAUCGAAGGUUGGCUUGAUAAAAGCAUGAUUUCUAAUCGCCACUCAGAUACUUCACUUUCUUUCUGAUUUCCUUUAAUCUAGGAUUGAGCAGGCUCUCUUUUAAUGUAUGUGCAAUUGUAAAGUAAAUUCAAGUUAGUAAGAUAAAAUAUUAAUGUCUGAACAUGUAUUUUACUCUGAGCCUUGGUUUGGUCUUUAAAUACGAGUAUUUAACAUCUUAACAGAGAGAACAUUUUAGAGAGAAAGAAAGUAUGUAUACACAUAUCUCGAAUAUAUACAUAUAUUCUAUAUUAAUAAUUUAAUUAUUCGUAUUUAAGGAUCAAGGAUAAAAAUAAGGAUUAGAUGCGUAUCCAAACAUUGGCGUUUUUACUUUAGAACCCAAGUAACGCAAUUACAGCGGCUCUUAUUUGUUUGAAUUUAUGUCACGAUUCGUCAAAGUUUGCUUGCUGCAAGUUCGUACGUAAUCACACUUCGUAUGCUGAUGUAUGCGAGAGCAUAAGCCGAUGUUACAACGUAACCCUCGACUAGAGCUUAAAUCUAUCACGUACCUUCCCGCACGAUUCGCGAGGACCGCUGGAGAAAUCACCUGUCGCGAAUGAAUCCGCGCGAGGAUUCUCAACACGAGCAUCGAGAAUUUCGGGGGAAGCGUUCUUCCCGGCCCGGGUGGGUUCUCACAGGUGCCACGGGCGAUACUUUGCCCGUCGUUUUGUUCACCGGCGGACACAGCUUCGCUUUUAAGACGAAGUCGCGACGCAAUUUGUAGACCCGCUCGCGACCGGUAGUGCCUUUCUGGAAUUUAAGAGUAGCUCGUAUCGGCGAGUCCGACGAUCGACGAGAUUUUCAUCGCGCCGCAGGUAAAGAGGAGAAGCUCGGAUACGGUUGUAAGCGCGCCUCGACAAACUACCCGAAUCGUGGACGCCAUUAUCAUAAAAUAAAUAGACCUUAUGUAAAAAGAAGCAAAAUAUCGACUCGCGAUGGUAGCAUAAGGCGAUACUCACAGUCCGAUCUUACAUACUUAAGUAGUCGUAAAUCCAUCCUGAAGCGAUACUGACAUAACGCAACGACGUAAGUUGUGUUAUUUUCUUACUUGACUGCGCAAAAGUACAAGUACUUUUACAGAGUGAAGGUACAAAGGUCAAUGCAUUGAAGAGCACCCCAUGCUAUGUCAGAACCAAAAGAAUUUUGUUUCAUUUACAAAAUUUCUUUUUGUUUUCGAUAUAACAUGGAGCAGCCCUCGACGCAUUGACAUUUGUACUUUCACUCUGCGAAAAUACUUUCAAUUCUAUGCAACCAAAUAGGAGAUGCAAUGCAAACUAAGUAGAAGAACAACGAAACUGUAUUGUGUUUGUAUCCAGCGUCGCCUUAGGAUGACAUAUGUAACCAAUGAAGCGAGCCCUUCAUCAGCAGCAUCUAGAGGUGAACAUAAGAGGAUCUUAAUUAUAAGAUCAGACUACGAAUACCGCCCCACAAUUACCGUGGAUCUCGAAAUUAUGUCUCGUUAUAAACAGAGCUCUCCCGCGCAAUCAGAAGCGACUCGUCGUCGUCGCCGUCUCGCGCACGUUUCCAGACAAAUACUCGAAAAUCUUGCGAUCGAACGCAAUCAUAAGUUAUAAGUCUCUGAGAUUCGUGUACAUAAAGUCUGUAUAUACCGAGUAGACAUAUAGAAUCGUUUCCUCCCCGGAUGUCUGUCUCAUAUAGCGACAGCCUCGACUACGUUCUCGUAGACGUACGUAAACUGCGAGAUGAGAACUUGAACGAAUAAUGAGCGAGCAGUUGAUUGUCGAACAUACCGUUGACAUCGCGUCUCUCUCACCGUUAAGCGCACACCUUCCCUGUAGAUCGAACGUAGUCAAUAAUGGCCAGUAUUGUGUAUCAACGAUUGUAAUAAAUCAUCUCGAACAUGUGCAAUUCUAAGUUCACUGUAUUCAAUCGCCGCGCGCGCGCUCAUCAUUUCAAUUGGAGCGCGUGUGCCCGCGAAGCGUGUAGAAACGCGUCUCCGCAUGUUGCGGCUAGAUAACGAUAAGAUAGGACUAGCAUUGUAAAUAAACGAUCGGCAUGUGGUUUGUGGGAACGGGACCGGGGCCAGUAAGAGUACUCACUUGUACGCUGAUAUUAGACAAUAAUAAAAGUCCAUCCUUUUA